AUGUUCGGAGAUGACUUGUUUUCAUGCUUUUUGCCGGGAAAUUUCUUUUCGAAUUCGAUGAUGAAUGAUAAUCAUUUCAGUCGGGCGCUCAUGGCUCAUGAGAGGGCAUUCAGACAUGUACAUCAAGAAUUCCAAAGAGUCGCGCAAGAAAUAUUUGAUUCUUCAGCGCUCCCUAGACAGUUUUUCAAUUCGCAAUUCAGAGAUAUUUCCAUAAUUCCACCUGAUCGAGGUACUCAAAGAGUAACGCUAAGCGAUCCAAAUGAUGUAGUUGGUAAUUCACGCGUACACAGGCAUAGAAAUAAUGAUCCUGUGACAUUUGAAAGAACCAGACUGCAAUGGUAUGACUCGAAUACUCGUAGGUCAUUCUUGCCUGAGCCACCUGCCCGUCCUAAAGUAUUAGGAUUUAUGAAUGCUGAUGAACUGAAAAAACUUCCUACGAGUAUUUAUAGAAUUAAAAAGACCUCAUCAACAAGCGAAGACACAUUUACAUCACCUAAUGCGACUACAAACUCAUCAAAUGCUCCUAAUAUUGUACCUGUUCUUAAUGAAAAUCAAAGUAAUAUGACACCAUCUGGUGGUACACACUAUCUUGAACCAGAAUCAAAAACAACUCUUGUCCAAAUUCAACCAAUACAAUCAUCUCCAGCACGUGGUCAUCCUGAAUGUGAAAUAUGUUUAAUUGAAUAUCAAGAUAAAGAUCGCCUCCGCCAUCUUCCUUGUGGACAUGCAUUCCACAUGAAAUGUAUUGAUGCCUGGCUAAAACAGUCAACAACUUGUCCGAAAUGUCGUGCUGGUGUUCGUGCUGGACUUGCUCGGUUAGAACGCAACCGUCAGCGACAGAGAGCUCAAUCAAAUAGUGGGACAACUUCGAAACCGACGCCCAUACGAGCUGUUCGUUCACGUCCAGGUGCAUCAACUUCAAAUGUUCAAGAACAGCAUCGUCCAUCGAAUUCCAGACAAGGUUCGCAAACAACCAAUAGAAAUCAGAUAACCAAUCAGAAUUCUGUUGUUGGGACUGCUUCCGAUACACAGAAUAAUCGUAUUACUCGCAGUCGACCUAAACCUUCAGCUGCUUCAACUUAUGCUACGUCUACCAUUUCUACUAAUCGCACUACAAAUGCUCCAGUUAAUCAACGAAAUCAACGUUCCGUUUUGCAACCUGGUUCCAAUCAGCAAGGUUGUUCAUCAGAACUUAAUAAUGAAAACCACGAUGAAGAUGAUCUUAAGCAUCUAACUAAUAUUAAACCCAGUACUCGUGAAAAUACAGUGUCUCAAAAUAAAGUUAACGAGUCAAUUAUCGCUCGACGGAAAGCUGUUGAAGCAGCUUUGAAAAGGGCGGCCUUAUCAGAAACUAUUCAAUAA